CGCUGACGUCACGGUUCCCCUAGCAACAGAACUUGACAGCUGUUCUCCCAGGAAGCAUGGUCAGAGAGAUGUUAAUCCACUCAGGCUGAGCAAAGGGCCACAACAGCAACACCUGAAGAAAACAUGGGCCUUCUGUCCAUUCUCCGCAGGCUGAAGCAGUCCCCAGAUCAGGAGGUGUGCUUACUGUUGCUCGGAUUGGACAAUGCUGGCAAGACCACUCUGCUGAAACAGCUGGCAGCAGAAGAUAUCAGCCACAUCACCCCCACACAAGGUUUCAAUAUAAAGUGCGUUCAAUCAUCUGGCUUCAAGUUGAAUGUUUGGGACAUUGGAGGUCAGCGCAACAUCCGCCCCUACUGGAGGAAUUAUUUUGAGAACACAGAUGUACUGAUCUAUGUGAUUGACAGCUCCGACAGGAAAAGGUUUGAGGAGACAAGCCUGGAGCUGGCUGAGUUGCUGGAUGAGGAAAAGCUCGCCGCUGUGCCUCUGCUGGUCUUUGCCAACAAGCAGGACCUGAUGACAGCCACCCCGGCGUCUGAGCUGGCAGAGAGUCUCCAUCUGCACACUAUCCGGGAUCGCAUGUGGCAGGUUCAGGCCUGCUCAGCAGCCACUGCUGAGGGAUUGCAGGAUGGCAUGAACUGGGUUUGCAGGAAUAUAUCGUUUCGAAAGAAAUAAUUCAGGAAGCAAAAGAUCCACGGAGAACUGCAGUUGCACUUUACACUUUAUGAACUAUGCAGUCAUUUUAUAUCCAGGACAAGAACAUGUUAUAAUUUUUGUUAUGAGCCACUUUUGCCAGUCUGUCCUCACUUGGCAGUAUAAAAACAAAGUAGAAGUUGUCAAUACAGUGAUGUUAACUUCUUAACCCUGUCAAUGCAUAUAUUAAAAUGUAUAUACUGUAUAUAUUAGGCUGUAUUAUACAACCGCACACAAUUAUUUUUGUAAUGUGGUACUUUUAAUACAAGGUAGGCAUUCACUGUCUGAAUAAAAUUCAGUAUUAUUCAGUA